CCAUAUUCACUUUUAUCAAUCUUAUACAAAAUUGAUAGACGACAAGAACUGGAAGGAGGAGCACGACGCAGCCAUUGAUUUCUGAGUUGUGAACAAAACUCGGCGCGAAGCAAUGAAAACGGAAGAAGCCAUGGCUGAGUUGGAGCGAGUCCAAACCCACCUCCUCCAACGCAUCUCAAAGCUCGAGCAUUCUCUUCUCACCGACGACCCUAACACUCACACUGACACUAACACUGACGACACCGUCGCUCGCCUUUCUUCCAUUCUGCGCACCAACGGCGUCGACGACUUCUCCUUCAAGAGGGUCCCAUCCGACUACUACGAUUCGCCGCUCGAAGUCCGCCGCGAUGCCCUCGCCGCCGCCUCCAUUCACCACCUCUGCAAGAGCAUCGUUCUGGUCAACACGCAAGCCCCAUCAAACGUUGUUGAUUGCAGCGAUCGGAAAAAUUCAAAGUACUAUGUUGUUAUUGUUCAGUACACUGCUCGGUUCAAUGCUGAGGCUGUGAAGAGCUUUCUGUUCUCGCUCAACAAUGGAAGUAUAGCCAAGAAGAAAUUCAAUUUGAGGCUAGCUCCUGAGGAGACAUCAACGGAGUUAACUGGAUUUGGGCACAAUGCAGUGACUUGUGUCGGCAUGAAAACAGACAUUCCGGUGAUUCUGGAUGAAGCUAUUGUAAAACUAACUCCAGAUUUCUUUUGGUUGGGUGGCGGUGAGGUUGAUCUGAAGCUAGGGAUCCGAACAUCUCAAUUAAUCAGAUUUAUCAACCCAUUCAUCGUCAAUUGUAGCAGUGGUUGAUUUUGUUGGUUAGAAUGUGGUCAGGAUGAUGAGUUUACGAGGCUGGCUGUCAUUUGCAGCUUAUUUUUAUACGAUUUGAAGUUGAAUUGUCGUCCAUGAGGAAUAUAUUUAUUUGUCAUAGCGAGUUUUAAGCUCUGCUUUAGUGAUUGUAAUGUAUGUUUUACAGAGAUUUGAAGGCAACCAGCAGCAUGACUUCAUAUUUUGUAUUUGUUGAAAGUUAAUAAUAUCAUCAUAAAGAUAAGUUAGCUCCUUUUUA